GGGGUUGGGGUUUGUAUGUAUGUCGCAGGAUUGAUUCUAACGUAUGUUCUUUUGUAUAGGUCAGAGCCCACAUCAGUUCCUUUCCUCGACAAACAUCCCAUUAUUCCCGCAAAGACAACCCUGACAGAGAGUAUCUGGAACCAGGAUGGUCAGUACAGAGAAUGUACUACGAUUACUUAGAGAUGAACGAGCCAGCUGUUCUCGAAAGGGAACGCGAAAUUAUAAGAUGUCAGCAGGAAAACACAACACCAAUUCCACUGAAACUGAAAGCCCACAUCCUACUACACCCAUACAGGGACAUCUUCAAUGGAGAAUUCAACCUGGGCUUCGCACUACCUCGCACCAACACUUGCGCCACCUGCGAUAAACUGGCCCUUAAAGUGCGAUCAUCCGAGGGCGCGGAAAAAGAAAAACCUGAAAAAGAACUCGAGGAACAUCACAAACUUGCCGAAUCUGCAUUUACAAUGCGUAAAGACGACAAGGCACGCGCGGUGAGAAGCUGGGUUGGAAAGCCCCGUCCAGUUGGCUCUUCAGGAGUAAAACACUGCAGUAAAGAUGCCGUAGACAUGAUAACUUAUGAUUUUCAACAAAAUCUGGAGACCCCAAACUUACAGCAUAACGAUAUGUUUUAUAAGAGGCAGCUGUGGACCUACAACUUUGGUAUCCACGAUUGCGUGUCCAACCAGGGCUAUAUGUUUAUGUGGGACGAGACGACAGCCAAACGUGGGUCAGUGGAGGUGGCAAACUGCCUGUAUAAUUUCCUCACUGAGUUUAACACUGGAGCGAGGUAAGUUUUAGUUUUUUGUAUUUCGGAACAUCGGUCGGUUGCAUCUUAGCGUAAACCUCGAACCCUGCAUGUUUGAUUUU